AUGACUAAAGAAGAAUCGGAAAACUUUCCGAUAGAUUCCAUUUUUUCCAUGUAAAGUCAUUGGCAGGCCAUGCAAAUGACACAGCCCUGUGUAAUAAAGGCAGGCGUCCUUUUGCUGCCUGUUUGUCUAAAGUAGAAAACGUGAGUGAGUUGUAAUGUGAUCCCAGCUGUGGUGAGAUCAUUCAGGAGGCCUUCCAGCAGCCUUAGGAAAAGCAGUCCUCCCAUAAGCCUUUAGCCCCACUGCAGCCCUCUGUGGCUCACUACAGCCCUGCCAGCUUAAAUAUCAUAGACAAUUUUUACUACUUGGUCCUUAAAAUUACAGAGGGGAAUCUGCGCUUUCUUUUUAAAGCACUGUUUUUCAUGGAAUUUGAGAGAAAAGGAUGGGUUUCAUGCCAUUAAUAUGUGGGGUUUAACCCAUAUCACCAAAUUCACCAGACCUGCUCAGAUGGGGCUGAGAUAACGGCCACCUGAAGUUCUACCCUCGUGCCGAACUCGAACCUCCCACAUUCCGCCAGAAUGGCAGAUCCCACGGGGCCGAGCUCAGCAGGGGCCGGUGCAGGCUCGGCCGAGGUCGACGCCUGUGGUUUGGAGAUAGAGAGGAACUAUGAUGUCAUCCCUACUGUCAUCUGCUCCAUGUGUUGCCUGUUUGGCAUCAUCUACUGCUUCUUUGGUUACCGCUGUUUCAAGGCUGUCAUGUUCCUGUCUGGUCUGAUGUUUGGCUCCAUCGUCAUUUUCUUGCUGUGUCACAAGGAGCAUGUGCUGGACACCCAGCUGAGCGUGGAGGCCAGUGCGGGCAUCGGCCUCGGCAUCGGCCUGCUGUGCGGUCUGGUCACCAUGAUGGUACGAAGCGUCGGCCUCUUCAUGACUGGACUGCUGCUCGGCCUCCUCCUGGCUCUAGCAGCCCUACUGGUCACUCAUCAGUUUUACACCCCGACCACAGUGUGGGUCCCACUGGGGACCCUUCUGGGGACCGGCAUGCUGUUUGCUGUGCUGACGCUGCAGUGGCAAAAGCUCUUCACCAUGCUCUCCACGGCUGUGUUCGGUGCAGCUAUCAUGACAGUGUGUGCUGAUUACUUUGUGGAGAUGCUGGUUUUGGCCACGCACGUGUACGAAUGCUUGCGCCUCACACCCGGGCCGCCUCUCUGCUGGUACAGCUGGGUCAUUCUGGGCAUCUGGCCCGCCCUCAGCCUCAUAGGAGUACUGGUCCAGUGGAAACUGACGGAUGACAGCUUCUCCCACACUGAGGUUGUCAUCAGUCGGAGACAGAAGAGAGUCCAGCUGAUGAGAAUCAGAGAGAAGGACGCCAAGAAGCGACAGCAGGCAGGUGGGCAGGAAGGCACAUACCGCCGUAAACCCACCCCAGUGAAACGUUACGCUGGGGAUCUACUGGCACCGAGCUACCUACAAAGUCUGCGGGACAGACAGAUGGACACAGGUACUUCCCUUAGCAGCCUGGGCACUGCCAACCACACCAUGAUCGACUUGGACUAUGACUCGGGCUCCACCGCGCCCCUUACCGCUACAACCCCGGUGGUCAGGGUCUGAGCAAAGGGGACUGACCACAGCGCCCUGGUUCUCCGACUCUGUCUUCCUAACGCAGAAUAAAACCAACAAACUGACACCCUCAGCUAAGAUUUAUCGUGCCCUUACUUUGGGGGAAAGGGGAUUGUUUGGUGAAUGAGAAUGCUGCUUUUUUGGGGAGAAGUGAGGGUCACCUGUUUGGUGAAAGCUAUAAUAUAACCACUACAACUACUGUGUUUCUCAGAGAAACACUUUAAAACAGAUACUAACAAGUAAGGUCCUCAACUUUUUUUCAUGAUGUAUUAAAUACAUAAAUAGCAAGUACAAGCCUCAAAAACGGUUGUAUAGCUGUUAAGGUAGUGAAGUGACAAAGCAAUUUGUUUACGUUGUUAUGUACUGUACUUAAUAAGUUUAGUCAACGUGAAGUGUUGGUAUUACCUGUCUUACCUGUUUAACUGUGUGCGCCUAGGAUUUGUGGCAGUUUUUCUUUUAAAAUGACUGUGUAUUUGUUUAAAUGGAGUUUGGUUUUAUGAGCAGGCAUAAUAUGGCGGAUGGAUACAUGUAUGACAAAGUGAAGCAAAAAAUAAAUGGUGUAAAGAAAAUACUGUAUUUCCCGUCAGAAUAGAGCAGGCAAAGAAUUUAAAUAGUUGUGUGCUUGUGGGUGAACU